UGUCCCCACCUGUCACCACUGCACACCUGUCAGCUGUCCAGCCCUCUCAUCAUGCCUGUGGAUCAGCUGCGUGAUCUCUGCAAGAUGGAGGCAGAGCUCCAGGCCCCAGCUCAGCCCCAGACCCUGGCGGAAGCCCUGCCAUUCGGGUCCGAGGAGGAGGCCGAGACCCCAUCGACCCCAUCGCCCUCCUCCUCCUCAGUCCCCCCGCCCUCCUCUGUGGAAGCCGAGGCCUCACUCUGGGAUAUAAGGCGUGUGAUGAUGGCUGACCUGGUGGGGUACUUGCUCCUCAAGUAUCGUGCUAAGGAGCCCAUCACCAAGGCAGAGAUGCUGGGCGUGGUCCCCAGAGAUGCCCAGGACCAGUUCCCUGACGUCUUCUGCCGUGCCUCCGCCUGCAUGCUGCUGGCCUUUGGCUUGGAUCUGAAGGAGGUGGACCCCGGCGAGCACACCUACGCCCUGGUCCCCACCCUGGGCCUCACCUGGGAUGGGGUGCUGAGCGAUGAUGAGCUGAGCCUGCCCAAGACCGGCCUCCUGGUGGUGGUCCUGGUGGUGAUUUUCCUGCAGGGCGACUGCUCCCUCGAGGAGGAGAUCUGGAGAGCCCUGGGCAGGAUGGGGGUGUGUGCCGGGAAGGUGCACUAUAUCUAUGGGGAGCCCAGGGCGCUCCUCACCCAGGUGUGGGUGCAGGAGGGGUACCUGGAGUACCGCCAGGUGCCCCACAGCGACCCCGCCCGCUACGAGUUCCUCUGGGGUCCCCGGGCCCACGCGGAGACCAGCAAGGUGAAAAUCCUGGAGCACCUGCUCAGGGUCAACGGGAGGGUUCCCAGGUCGUGCCGUUUCCUGCCUGAGGAGGUGGUGAAUGAGGAGGAAGAGGGGCCCUGAGCCCGAGGGGUGCCCAGGCUCCUUGCAGGCCAGCAGCUUGUCCAGCAGCUUCGCUCUGUGUUUGAAGAGCGAGCAGUCAGCCUGCCAAGGAGCGGGGGCCGGGCGAGGGGGGCACAGGGCGUGGGGCAGCCUUGGGUGCCGUUUCUUUGUGAGCCCGUGGGUGUUCAGCCCUGUUUCCUUUAGUCGUGUUUGUAAUGCUGUUCCGUUCACUAGAAAUCUUGAUAAACUUCUGGGUCUAACUUGGCGAACUGUAUCAACCACACUCGCAUUGGUACUUACCUCGUUCAAGAGCAAGAGUUUCCUGUUUUAAAAAAUAUUGGGAAAUGUGCCAUUUUAUUUUGUGGUCGUGAGGAAGAUAGCAUGGAAUUGGAAUUCAAAUUUUAAUUGAAAAAUGAAAGUACUUGCAGUAAUAUCGAUGGGGACAUAGGCCCGCCGUCAAUAUGGCCAAGCGGUCUAAGGCGCUGCGUUCAGUAUUUGCUGAAUAAAAGCAAAAGUGGUGAAGCCUUGCUUCUUCUGCUCUUGUCUGUCGUGUGAAAGUAUAAUGUCUGUGUUUAUGGGGUUUGCAUUGGUCAUUGAAGGAAGCAGAAGAUUCAUCUUCAUCCAGAAACCUCCGCUCACGGGCUCAUUUAUUCCCAGGCUUUCGCUGACAUUCCUUUUUCUUACGUUGUUCUGUUUAAUCGAAAUCUUAAUAUAGUUCAGUGUCUAACUUUGUGAACUACAUUUAUCACAUGUGUAUUUGAAUUAAUCUAGUUGAAGUACAAGAAUUUGCUGUUUGUAAGAGAGCUUAGGAAAUGUACUAUUUUAUUUUGUGAUCCUGAGCAGGUAACAUUCAAUUGGGGUUCGAAUAUUUUUGGAAAUAUGAAAGUAAUUGGCAGUAAUAUAGACGGGGCCAGGAGAAUUAAAAAAAGAAUUAGAAAAUAAAAGCACAAUAGUUAAUCCUGGCUUCUUAUCCCUUCUUGUCUGUCACUGGAUAAAAGUCAAUUGCAUCUAGUUGGGUCUCCAUGACUUCUUGGAGAAAGUGGGAGAAAGAUUCAUCUGAGUAAAUAGCUAUACUGCAUACCCGCGGCGCUGGUUCCUGGGGUGAGGGGGGACCCCCCGACUUCGGGGGCUGGGCUCCCCCAGAAGCAGGAAGGGCUCCUGAGUGAGUGUGUGAUGGAAGCCCUGCCCAGCCCAUGUCCAUUCAGGGCCCAGGUGAGGACCCGGGUGGCUGCUCCCAGGGGCACAGUCAGAAGGUGGCUGUGGGUGCUGGGCCUGCUGUCCCCUAGAGCCUCCAGGACAGCCGGGAUGCAGAGAGGGCGGGGGACAGGACACCCAGGAGUCUGGGCGCCUUGGAAGGUGUCCUGGGCUGGUGCCGCCAGAGGGGCCCAGAAGGGGCCCAGACCCCUGGGGGCAGGCGUGGGCGUGCAGCCCGGGGGCGGGCGCUGAGCUUCAAGGCAAGAGCCAGGUGGGGCCCGUGCAUCCCCUCCCCAUGAGGCUGGUCCGGCGGGGUGGUGGUGGGGUGGAGAAAGGGGAUAGGGAUCAGGCCCUGGGUUGUCAACAGGAUGCUGCGCUAGGCCUCCAACAUCCUGAGAACCAAGUGUGGAUUUGGCCAGGAGCCAGGCAUGAGGGAGAGCCUCGGUUUCCCUCAGAUACACCUUUUGAAGAUGCUCAUUUCAAUCAUGGUGGAAGGAUGGGGCCCGAGGUCACGUCUGAACUGCCCUGCACUGGCCACUGGUGUGACCUGGUAGCCCUUUCCCUGAGAAGCCACCAUCCCCCAGCCACAGCUAAAUUCUGCUCUCAACUCCCGCCUCCUUGGCAAAGAGCUGAUCUCCUCCCUGGCUCUGGCCUACCAUCCUCUGUGGCAAACAUUGCUGGCUGCUGCUUUAGGGGCCUUCGUGAGCCAGUAAAGGAUCCCAAGUCUUUGCCUGUCCUUGGUCCGUGAGUUGGGGCUGGGCACGGGGUUGGGCUGAAACAGUGGUGGGAUGCAGGGUGUGAAGCCAAAGGACACUCACAAGACAGCCUCAGGACGCAGGGCCGCAUCUGCUCAGACACCCAGAAGGAGGUUUGUCCGAAGCACCCAGGUGGUGUCAGGGUCCACCAGCCCCUGGGCACUGCGCUCUGACGUACAGGCUUGCUGCCUGCCUGACAUCCAGUCUGCCCAGCGGAGUGAGCCUGCAGGAGAACGCUGGGUCACCAGGUGAGCUGGGAGAGAAGAGUAGAGAGGCCUGUGGAAUGAGGGAGCAGGGCCCAAGCACCCGUGCCCAGGGCCCUUCUCCAUCCUCGCACUCUCUGCCGUAGACCCCAGCUCUCGUGUAGGGCCUCCUCCUCAUCUCCCAGGACGUGUUGUU